UGUUUUCACUCUUUGCAGAUGAGUAAAGAAACUCCCAAGAGACCUCCUCCUCCCCAUCCUGAACCUCCCACCACUCUGGAGGGUGGUGCCACCCCACAGGAGCAGUUUGAAAGCAAUUACCAAGAGGCUUACCUCUUGAUUGACCGGGGCAUUACCUUCGUCACUGAGGGACACAAUGCCCAGGCAGGUGUGUUACUGCAGAAGGGCCUCAGUCUCAUUGACAAGGCACUUGCCAUCAAGGUGGAGUCCUUUGACUGCAGUGCAGAAAAAACACAGCAGUAUGCAGAGAUGCAGGCCAAGAUGAGAUACACCAGGAAAGAGGUUCUUGAACACUUCUCUGACACACAAGCUUCCUCAGGAGGCACUUCAAGCAGACAAGGGGAAGAUGCUCCUCCCUCGUAUGAUGAUUAUCUCAAGUCUCUGGAAUCAGGAGCAUCAGGGAGUAACAUGUCAGCAUCAGCAUCAGCAGCAACAGCCGGCACAAGUGAAAAUCCUUCUUAUCCUGACCUGUCUUCGGACUUUGGGAUGAUGGACAGCUCUCCCCUGGUGACACCAGUGGUUGCGGCCCAGCAGGGAGAGAUGAUCUUCAAUGUGGAGAAUGGUGUCCAAAUCUUUUUCAUCCUUCCAGAUGGUACAGUCACCAGCCCCUCAUAUCCGUCCUUCCUGGCCAUCUUCACCUUUCCUGAGCCCAUCAAGGGAGCACCAGGAGCAGGAGCCAAUGCCCGGGGCUUCCUGCAGGUUGGGGAAUGGAGUUAUCCAUUGGUGCCAGCUCAAAGCCCUGUUCUCCACUCCUUCUAUGGGGCCUACAUGUUUCCAAACUUCUCCAGUAGUGUAGCCGGCUCCAGUGUGGGCGUCAUCCUCCCAGAUUCAGUGGACAAAGAUAAUCGAGACUUGUUUGAGCAGAUCCUGACCCAGCUAACAUCAUACCAGGAGCAGGCAGCACCGCCAGGAGAGGAGGGUGCCCGCCAGGUCAGGCUCAUUCAGGAAUCGACGUCGGAGCGCAUUGCUGCAGGUUUGGUUACAGGAGCAGAGGCAGUGUCCAAGGGAGUGGUGUGGGGGGCAGGCAAGCUAAGUGAGCUGAUCUCCUAUGGUUCAGAAAGCUUGAAGGAUUAUGUGCAGCCUGUGGCAGAGAAGAAAGAAGUUGAUCCCAAGUGGCACAAGACGGCAGAAGUGGCGAGAGAUAUUUCUGGCAAGGCAGUGAAAGUCAGUGGUUAUUUGUUGAGCCAAGUAGGCAAGGCAACCAUGACACUGGGACGUAAACUUGCACCUCACCUUCAGAGGCAGGGUACCAGAGCCAUCACCCAUAUCACAGGGCAGAAGGAGAGUGAAGCCAACAGCAAUGUGGAAGGUGUCCUAGAGGUGGCAGCAGGUGCAGUGAAAGGAGCUUCUACAAUCUAUAUGGGUCUUGAGUCAGCUGCUGCCACACUGGCCACCAGUCUCACUGAUAACACAGUCAAAGUUGUCACCCACAAGUAUGGGGAAAAUGUUGGUGCACUGACUGACAACACCCUGUAUGCAGUGGGUCAGACAGCCUGGGCUGGCCACAACAUUGCCUCCCUUGGAGUGAAGGGUGUGGCCAAGCGAGUGGCCAAAGACACUGGCAAAGCCCUUGUUCUAAAUCAUGAGGAAAAGAAGGCAUCUACACAGGAAGUGGAGGAGGCUGAAGAAGCAAUGGAGGAUGGUGAAAAGAAUGACACUGAAGAGCAUCCAGUUAGACCUGUUAGGGAGAAGAAGAAGCCCCCAUUGUGAGAUGAAAAGAUGAUGGACAUGUGUAGUAGAAUGAGAGCUUGUUGAGCAGUGUUCAAGUAGAUGCAGCAUCCUAGUGUUGCAAUGUUGGCUUCUUUUCACAAUCUGCCUCACCAUACUACUGUGUACUCAAAUCAGUUUCAUGUCCUACAGCUGGACACCACUGCAGCAUUGCUGUGGAAUUCAGCAUAUUAAAGCAGUGCUAAAAAAUGUAAAUAAUUACUAUUUUUUUCAAACUCUUGGAGUUUCCUCUUUUGAUUUUGUGUGCCAUUAGUUCAUUAUAAGUUGCUCUGAUAAAGAGAAAAAUAAACAAAAUAUAAAGAAUACCAAUGACAUAAAACACAAACUGUAAAAUAUAAAUUUCAGAACACUUGAUGAGGUUGAUAUUGUACAUCAAAUCUCAAAUCAUGAGAAAAGAGGAUUAAGCAGAUGCAUCAUUGAGUGUUAUUACUAAAGGAAACUUCUGAUCCCUUGCACACAACUGACAAUGAAAAUCAGUACUAUUUUAGAUACAUUAUCAUUUAUCAUCACUGUUUAUGUUACCAAAAAACAUUUAAUCCAGUAAGAGACAGUGAUGCUGAAUACAAAAAUAGUAUUGAUGCAGUUUUACAGAAAUUUUGAUAUGUGAUAGAAUGACUAAAGAUGAAUUAGGUGUUUGUUUUGGUUAAGCAAGGGCAUCACAAAUUUAUAUUUCUUUCCUUAUAGGCUCUUGAAGAAAAGAGUCUACAGCAAGAAAUAUUUUUCAUUUUUGCCACACAAUACAAGUGGCAACAGAUGCUUUCCACAAUGCAUUGUGUGGAACCACGGGAAGUAUGUGCUCUGUUGUUGGAUUACAGUUUGAACACAUGUGGAAUUGCACUAUGAGUUGUUAAUUCAUGGAAUCAAAAUGUUUAGGAUACAUGACAACAGUAGCAUUGAGAAACAAAAUUAGAUGCAAAGAUGUUUGGAUAAUUUUGAAGAGUUAAUUUAGUAUUCUUGUAUAACUGAAGCAAUACAGAAAGAUAACAGUUAUUCAAGCAUCAGAUAUUAUCAAAUACAGAUCCAUGAAAGUUUGAAAAACUGAAAAGAAAACUAGCAAAGAAAUCUGAACAUGUAUUUCAUAGCAGUGUACACAAGACCAGGUUCACCCUUGAGCUGUUGUGUAGUCAUUAAUUUUUUUUAUCACUGCUUGGUUGAGUUUACACAUAUAUGUAAUUGCUUGUUUAUGUAGACAUCCACCAUAUUAUCCUUAAGAGAUUAAAGCAAGAUACACUUCAUCUGAACCACAAACUGAAAACAGGUUGCAAGCUGGAGUUAGUAAUAGGCAAGUGAAGUUACUGGAUAUUUAAUUACUUCAUGUUUCACAGAACAUCUUAAGAUGGAACACUUGUAAUGUGUAAACAUCUACUAUUUUUUCCCCCAUGAGUAAGCAUACUAAUGUUGUGUACUGUUGUUCUCAUGACAUCACAUAGCUUCUACUCCUGGACAAUUAUUGUAAGGAUUGUUUGACCACAGUUUAGUUUUAGCACUUGUAAUAAGUCAAUAUUUUCAGACUAGAAAACAAGGAUGGAAUAAAUCCCUUGUAAUCCAGACAUAUUCAGACUGGAAGCUGGCUUUUAUGAGCCAAACAGUCUGCAUUACAUCCACCUAACAAAGGCUCAAUUUAGGUUGAAGCAAGUCCAGAUGUACUGCAGCUCACCUUCAUCAUUUAACUUUAAACUCUUCAGUACUGGGUCGCAUUUUUACCAUAAUUUUUGGUUAUGUUUAGACGAUUUCAUUUACAGUAGGAAGGGUCUAUGGAGAUCAGAAGAUUAAUGGCCACAGUCUUCACUAUUUUAAUCCCCCACAUAAGUUUCUAAAGCUGUAUAAAAUCACCAAAUAGCAACCAGAAUGAAUAUGGAAACACAUCAUGGUACUGAAGGGGUUAAGUUGAUCAAUAACAUACGGAAGUAAAAAUUAUAUCAACAAUAUCAAUAAUGGAAAAAGAGGCAACAUAUUUCUAUACAUCUUUUCAAUGCUUUGACAUAUUUACCACAAUGCCUUGACAUUUUAAUUCUCUAUUACCCAACAUAAAUGCUUCAAUGUCCACAGUUCUCUCUCUCUCUCUCUCUCUCUCUCUCUCUCUCUCUCUCUCUCUCUCUCUCUCUCUCUCUCUCUCUCUCUCUCUCUCUCUCUCUCUCUCUCUCUCUCUCUCUCUCUCUCAUAUUUUAAAACAAAUACACAGUAAGUAUUAUUGUUCAUGUGACACUAGUUUGUUAAACUGCAUACAGUAUUCUCAUUAUUUUUGUAUAUGGAAGACUGAACAAACUCAAAAUAAGUUAAGAUAGUAUCAAGGUCCAAGGAUAUGAAGCCUUUAGGUCAGAAAGGUAUUCAACCACAUAGGCAAAAGUUUUGCAUUGGUCUUUCCUUUAUGAUGUGACUGUGUAUUGAUACACAUGCAGUACCAGCUUAAGACUAGUUCCUUGUAAAUCAGUGUGGUUGAAUCCCUUACAUUUCAUUAUUUGCACUGUUGCAGCACCAUGUAUAGAUCAGGUGGGAAAGUGCCUAGAGGAACAUUAUAUUUAUCUCUGUACAUACCAUAAAGGGACAGGAGAACCAACACUCAAGUAUUGUACUACAUAGGAUAAGUGUCCAUACAGACAUGUUUGUGUUUUGUUAUGUAUCCCAGAUCUCUGUCCCACUAUCACUGAGAUGAACUACUAAUUUGUAUUUUUUCCCAUGUUUGCUUUCUCUUGAAGAAUUAGAGUAAAUCAUGGAAUUCAUGUAUAUGUUAUAUGUUCUGUAUAUGUGAUUUUUUUUUUUUUUUUUUUUUUUUUUUUUUUUUAUCCAUGUCCUGCAAUUCCAUGUUCAUCCACAAAGCUGCUGAAUACAUUUUGGCAGAGGUCCUACUUCCACAAAAUCAUAUUCAUUAUGCAUUUUAACUUUGAAUAAAUGAUAUAUUAUAUGUUAUCACAGUAAGGAAAACCUAUUUUUAUCUACAUGAAAAUAUUUAAAAUGUGUGAAGUUAUAUAGUAACCAUGCUUUGAUAAAUAAAAGUCAACAAGCA